AUGGUGAAGAUUUGCUGCAUAGGAGCAGGUUACGUUGGCGGUCCAACAAUGGCCGUGAUCGCACUAAAAUGCCCCAAAGUCCAAGUUGUGGUCGUCGACAUAUCCACUCCUAGAAUCACUGCUUGGAACAGCGACCAACUUCCAAUUUACGAGCCAGGCCUUGAUGAUGUGGUCAAACAAUGUAAGGGGAAAAACCUCUUCUUCAGCACCGAUGUAGAGAAACAUGUCGCCGAGGCCGACAUCGUCUUUGUCUCAGUCAACACCCCGACAAAAACACAGGGCCUUGGUGCCGGAAAAGCUGCUGAUCUCACGUAUUGGGAGAGCGCUGCUCGCAUGAUCGCUGAUGUAUCCAAAUCAGACAAGAUCGUGGUGGAGAAAUCCACAGUCCCCGUGAAAACAGCGGAAGCAAUCGAGAGGAUUCUAACCCACAACAACAAAGGAAUAAACUUCCAAAUCCUCUCCAACCCUGAAUUCCUGGCUGAGGGUACCGCAAUAAAAGAUCUCUUCAAUCCUGAUCGUGUUCUCAUUGGUGGUCGGGAGACUUCGGGUGGACAGAAGGCGAUUGCAGCACUGAGAGAUGUGUAUGCUCAGUGGGUUCCGAUUGACAAAAUCAUCUGCACAAAUCUGUGGUCUGCUGAGCUAUCAAAGCUUGCUGCAAAUGCCUUCUUAGCACAAAGGAUAUCAUCGGUCAAUGCUAUGUCAGCACUGUGUGAAGCAACUGGUGCUGAUGUCACGCAAGUGUCACAGGCUAUUGGGAAAGAUACGAGAAUAGGUCCCAAGUUCUUGAAUGCGAGUGUCGGGUUUGGUGGGUCAUGUUUCCAAAAAGAUAUCCUAAACUUGGUGUACAUUUGCGAGUGCCACGGACUUGCUGAGGUCGCAAACUACUGGAAACAGGUUAUCAAGAUCAAUGACUACCAAAAGACGAGAUUCGUGAACAGGAUCGUUUCGUCGAUGUUCAAUACUGUGUCUGGGAAAAAGGUUGCAAUUUUAGGAUUUGCAUUUAAGAAGGAUACUGGAGAUACAAGAGAGACACCAGCAAUUGAUGUUUGCAAAGGGUUGAUCGGUGACAAGGCAAAGAUCAGCAUUUAUGAUCCUCAAGUUCAGGAGGAGCAGAUUACGAGGGAUCUGGCAUUGAAGAAGUUUGAUUGGGAUCAUCCAGUUCAUCUCCAGCCAAUGAGCCCAACCUCAGUGAAACAGGUUGCUUGUGUUUGGGAUGCUUAUGAGGCCACAAAAGGAGCUCAUGGGAUUUGUAUUUUGACUGAGUGGGACGAGUUUAAGUUGCUUGAUUACAAGAGGAUCUUUGAUGGGAUGGAGAAGCCUGCGUUCGUGUUUGAUGGAAGGAAUGUCGUGGAUGCUGAGAAGCUGAGGAAGAUUGGGUUCAUUGUUUAUGCUAUUGGGAAGCCUUUGGAUGCUUGGCUAAAGGAUAUGCCUGCAGUGGCUUAG